UUCACACCAAAUUCAUUGAUGAAAGUUGAAAGAUGAAGAAGAUAACUCAUAGUCUAUUCCUCUUCACUAUUCUCUCAUGCACUUCCAAUGCUGCUGUCAAUGAUUUCUGUGUAGCAGACCUAAAGGGACCUGAUAGCCCUUCAGGAUAUCAGUGCAAGCCACCUAACACAGUGACGGUGGAUGACUUUGUGUUCUCUGGCUUGGUAGCGGGAAAUACCACAAACACCUUCAAUGCUGCAUUAACCUCUGCAUUCGUCACUGAUUUUCCAGGUCUGAAUGGUCUUGGUGUUUCCGCAGCACGGUUAGACAUAGCAAAAGGUGGAUCAAUCCCAAUGCACACACACCCUGCUGCCACUGAACUUUUGAUAGUGGUGGAAGGUCAAAUCACCGCUGGUUUUAUGACACCAUCUGCAGUUUAUUCGAAGACUCUGAAAGCAGGAGAUGUUAUGGUUUUCCCACAAGGACAACUUCAUUUUCAAGUGAAUUCUGGAAACGGAAAAGCCACUGCUUUUCUUGCUUUCAGUAGCGCAAACCCUGGAGCACAACUUCUUGACCUUUUGUUGUUUGGUAACAGUUUACCUUCUGAAUUGAUUGCACAAACUACCUUCCUUGAUGUAGAACAAGUGAAGAAGCUUAAGGCGCGUUUUGGUGGCAGAGGAAUUGAUUAUUCCUGAUGUUUGUCGCUAAUCAUUGUCCAUGGUGAUGUUGUUGGCUAUGUCCUUGUCUUUUCCAUUUAGGUUUGGAUCAUGUUCUUAAACUUGAUCAAGUUACUUAUUUAUGUUAUGUCAACGUUAAUUGGUGUUA